AUGCACAAGUUACUGCAACAAGUGGCAAGACAUGCAGUUCAAAGACAGAAGCCUUGGAAGCGCCAAAUCUUAACCGAUGCUCAUGAGAUCUGUGAUGUCCUCGAAACUAAUUAUGGUGGGAGAAGGGUGACUGGUAUAUCUUUGGAUAUAUCUACAAUCCCAAACGGCAUGUAUAUAAGCGCAGGAGGUUUUAAAAAAAUGUGUGAUCUUCGAUUUCUCAGCAUCUACGAGACAAGACGUGAUACAAAUAUUAGAGUGCAUUUACCUGAGGACAUGAAUUUCCCACCUCUUCUAAGGUUAUUGCAUUGGGAUUUAUAUCCAGAAAAAUGUCUUCCUCAUACACUAAGGCCGGAACAUCUAGUGGAACUCAAUUUGGGAAAGAGCAAGCUCGAGAAGCUUUGGCAAGGAACUCAG